CCAUCUUGUUCUUAUUUUGCCCUAGCCGUCUGCUCUCCCUCUCUGCUUCAGUUUGCCGCCGCUUAUUUAUAUUCCAUCCUUCUUCUCAAUCGCCCUUUCACCAGGCUCGGGUAAAAUGGCGCCAAAGAAAGCUGUUGGAAAGGCUUUGGCGAAAAAGAAGGCGGAGAAGGUGGUGAAUCCACUAUUUGAGAAACGGCCAAAGCAAUUUGGAAUUGGUGGUGCAUUGCCGCCGAAGAGGGAUUUGACUAGGUUCGUCAAAUGGCCAAAAGCUGUUCAAAUUCAGAGGAAGAAGAGGAUUCUUAAGCAGAGGUUGAAGGUUCCUCCAGCGUUGAAUCAGUUCACUAAAACCCUUGACAAAAAUCUUGCCACAAACCUGUUCAAGAUGCUUUUGAAGUAUAGGCCAGAGGACAAAGCACAGAAAAGGGAGCGUCUUAUUAAGAGAGCUCAGGAAGAGGCUGAAGGCAAGCCACAUGAUGCCAAGAAACCUAUUGUUGUUAAAUAUGGUCUCAACCAUGUCACCUAUCUCAUUGAGCAGAAUAAGGCACAGUUGGUGGUGAUCGCCCAUGAUGUGGAUCCAAUUGAGCUCGUUGUUUGGCUCCCGGCCCUCUGCAGGAAGAUGGAAAUUCCAUACUGCAUUGUUAAGGGAAAAGCACGAUUGGGAGCGAUUGUCCAUCAAAAGACUGCAUCAGUAUUGUGCUUGACAACCGUGAAGAACGAGGAUAAGUUGGAGUUCAGCAGGAUCCUCGAAGCUAUUAAGGCCAAUUUCAACGACAAGUAUGACGAGUACAGGAAGAAAUGGGGUGGUGGAAUCAUGGGUUCCAAGUCCCAGGCUAAAACUAAAGCAAAGGAGAGGCUUCUGGCCAAAGAAGCUGCUCAAAGAAUGUCUUAGAGAUGAGAGUUGGCAAUUAUUUUUGGGUCAUAGCUUCUUCAAUAUCAUCAUGAGAGAGUUUAGAAGUUUUGUUUACUUUUCAUUUGCUACUCAUUUGCUGAUUUCAGAUCUAGUUUUAUUGUUGCACUCUUUUAAUGGUUAAUACUUUUGAUUUCAUAUCCUCACA